AUGGAUCGGAGCAGAGCCCACUUUGCCAUGGAUGCUAGUGGAAUGCCAGGUCUGCUUCAAAGCUCCACUUUGCAUCGUCCUCCCAACGAGGUUCCCCUUCGUAUCUCAAAGCUUCGACGGCACAGACGUUGUUUCGGCUUUGGGGCUCUCGCACAAAAACCCCUUGCACAGGCCUCAAAAAGGAGCUCUGGGAAUGUAUGGGCUUUGUGGGCGGGGGCGAGAUAUCGAAGCUCGCUGAAAUCAAACCUCAGCAUCGGAUACGCCCGCAGCCUCGGCUACACAGCCGACGCGGCCCGAAGCUUAGAAGCCAAACCUUCCCGAAGCUUGACAAUCUGCAGCUUGGGUCUUGUGCGCGAGACAUGGGCCCGAACGAGCGGAGAGCUCGGCAGGGGGACAGGCAUCUGGGCAAUGCUGCGGCCUACCUUCAGGGUUUGCGGCUUAGGGUUUAGGGACCUUGCUAGAUGUGAGCCCAGCUGGACAUCAUCUGGAGAAGUGGCCGAGGUCACAACCACAGCUUGCUUCGAGACAGCAACCGAAUUGGCAAAACUCACGGAUCAGGCGACUCCGUGCGACCGGAUGUUUCGAGACCAGCCGCACAGAACGAGCUCCAGGCCAGGGCUCGUGCUUGCUACCCGAACAGCCGACGGGAUCCGUUUCACUUUCACGAAUAUCCAGCAAGAGCACACAAGCUUUAAAGCCCUCCUGCGGCUCAGGUGUUUCAGGCCACUGGGCCCCGGCUGGAUUUCGAGGAGCUGCGUGUCGAUGGCAAGCCUUUCGGGCCCCGGGCUUCUUAUCAGACCUUUGGAAGAACCCCAAGCAAGCCGGCAGUGCGGACACCUCAACUCCUUGGAGAGGCUUUGGCAUGCCCCGCUGCUUAUCUCAGAGCGCAUCACACGGGAGCGCUUCAUGCCGCCACUCCACAACUCACUGAAUUGCGGGCGCUCUGGCAAGCCACCGAGCUUUUCCGGAGCAUUCGCGUGGCAGAAUGUAGACGGUGAGAUCGACCAAACGGCUGGGAGCAGGACGCUGGAGAACCAACAUCGGGUAAAGGCAAUUAAAGACAUCGCCGAGCCCGGGCUCGGCACUGCAGUUAGCAUUUAG